AUGUGGCACGAGGCGAGAAAACAGGAAAAAAUCCUGAAAAAUGCCAUGGUAGAUCAAACGAAAAGAGCUGAAAGGAAGAAACGAUAUUACGACAAUAUCGUAAGUGAAAAGAAAUUUUCAAAUUAAAUAAUAUUCACGCGUGACGUGACCCGAAAACGUGUUUUCUCUUAUUACUUAUUUAAAUUUUAUUUUAUUUUCCUCAUUUCAAAAACUAACUCGAAAAUAAGUGGAGAUCAUUUUUCAAUGAGACGACGAUUUUUUCGGAAAAAAGUUAGACACGUUGGUUCAUAUCAAAAAUCAAAUACAAAUUUUCAGAGAAAAGAUCCAGAGCAGUUUAUGCAAGUUCAUGGGCGAAAAUCAAUUAUUCAUACUGAAAGAAGUAUCGCAAAAGCAGCUGAAGAUUCGAAUAUAUUGAGACCAUGGCAAGGAGAUGCAAAAAUAACAAUCGAUCGAUUUGAUGCUCGAUCACAUCUCUCGAAAAUGGAUCUCAUGGACGAUUCAACACAAAAACCAAAAGAAGAUAAUAAUAUGGGUGAUGAAAAAUCGGAAAUUGUUUGUGAAUUCGAAAGAUAUCGAGUUUUGAUUAUCAAUGAUUAUAAAGGAGUUUCCGAGAAAAGUUAUCUUCGAAAAAUUUCUGAAAAAGAAUUCUGGAGAAUUGAAAAAGAUUCAAACAAAAAAGCUGAAAUCGAGAAGAAAAAGAAAAGCGCCGACAAAAAAUCAUCGAUUGGAUUUUCAUAUGACGAUUCAGAAGUUGUUAGAGGAUCCAAAAAUGAAAAAGAGGGGGACGGAGAAGCUGAAGGAAGUGAUGAAGAUCCAGAAGAACUUGAUGAUAUUGGUUAGUUGGUUUAAUGAGAUAUUGGUUUUUUCUUAAAAAUUGUUAUUUUUUUCUUUUUUCAGAUGUGGAACUCGAUACAGCACAAUUGAAUCCAGAGCUUCAGAGAAAAGUGAAUAAAAAUGGCGAAGAAUAUGGUGUGAAGCGAGGAUUAUUUUGUGCAUUAUUGAGAGCUGAUCAACAAGCACAACGAGAUGCUGCUCAAUUAAAACAAAUUGAUCGACAAAAAUCGCAACUCUCUGUCCGUUACCUUUUUACCGAGUACAGUUAUCAAUUUUUUUCAUCAAAAAAAUACUUUUUGAACAUCGCCUUAUAAAAACAUCAGUUUUAUUCACAAAAUUGAAAAAAAAACUUUCCCGAUUUUUAAGUUUAAUCAUUUCAGGGUCGAGAAUCGAAACAUGAACGUAUGCUUUUGCGUCAACAACGUCAAGCGAUUGUUGGAAAAGGUUGUAUUGUUGGUGACAACGGCGCAACUGCUACACUUCUCGGAUUUAUUAAUAACAGUAGUAAGAAAUCGAAAAUUGAUGAAAUGAUGGAUGAUUUGGAUAAUUCUUAUGAAGAUGAUGAUAAAGCACAUCCGGAAUUUAUUUCGACUUUUGGAGGAAAUGAUGAGAAAGGUUUGUAUUUAUCUCCUGAUUUUUUUUAAUUCUCUGUUUUUUGUAGAUUCUGAAGACGAUGAGAAGAAAGUAUCAGUUGGACCAGAGUUACCAUCAGAACAUUAUCGGAAAAUUCUGUAAGUAGCAAUAUUCAAAAGAUCCUGACGCUACUCAUUAAUUUUCAGGCAACUUUCGAAGCAACGGAUUAAUGAUGAUGAAGGUGUAGAUUGGGGUGAUACAAAAGAAUUGUCAUCUUCGCCUUCGCCAGUUCGAAAAAGAAGAAGAUCGCCAUCUGUGCAAAGAAGAUCGAGAUCUAGAAGUCGAGAUCGUCGGAGAAGACGUUCGAGAAGUCGAAGUCGAGAAAGAAGAAGAAGAUAUUCUAGAAGUAGAUCAAGAGAAGGAAGGGCUUACAAAAGAAGAAAAAGUCGAUCGAGAAGUGUGAAAAGGAGAAGAAGAUCGCCUUCCAGUUCAUCAAGUUCAAGGUCAAGGUCUAGAUCAAGAGAUCGGCCGAUGUUCCAGAAAAAGGUUGCUCACAAACAAAGGUCACCAUCUGUAUCAAAUUCAUCACCUUCGCCACCUCCAACAACGUCCAAAAAACGAGAAUAUUCUCGAAAAGUUGAAAGUGAAAGUGAUGAACAAGACGAAGAUAUUAAAAUGCUCGAAGUUCGUUCAAGUAUGUCAGAAUCAGAAAAAGAAAGAAUCGAGAUUGAAAAUCGAAAAAGACGAGUGAAAUUGACGAAGAAAAUGGUGAAAACGAAAAAAGAGGAAAAAAGUAGUGAUGAAGAAAAUAAUGAAAAAGUUGAAAUGGCAAGAAAAAUACGACAAAAAAUGAAUGAAGAACUCAAGAAAAAUCGCAAAGAAUUGGAAAGAGAAGAAGAAGAAAAACAUAAGAAUGCUGAAGUUGAAAAAAGGGUUAGUUCUUUUUUGAAUUUUUUUGAACAGGUUACCUUUGUUUGUUUGUUGACUGUGAUUUUUUAUUCAACUUAGAUGCAAGUUUGCCAACUUAAAGUUUGAGAUUAUUUGCAUACAAAUAGUAGUUAAAAUUACAAAAUAAGUCUUUAUGUCCAAAAUAUAUACAGUUUUAGUUUUGAAUAUUCUGAGAACUUGGAUGAACAGCUCCAUGAAAUUUGAGAGCAAAUAUAAUAUUUCUAUAAUUUCCAAGAGUGUAACUGAUAGGUAUUAUAUAAUCCAAUUCGAAUCGAUUCGAACACAUAAAAUAACUCAAAGUUCCAUUUCCAUUUUCAAAGUUUUCCGGAUUCAAAUAAACAAUGAUGAAAAGAACAACUUGAGCCUGUGUUUUAAGUAAUUCGAAAAUGUUUAAUUUCAUGAAUCUCACCGUUGAUAUUAUGAAAUUAGGUAUAUUUUGAUAGAUAAUUGCUAGUUCAACUUGUUUUUUUGUUGUUGACAUCAAGUCAGGAUUUGAGUGUAUACGGUAAAGCAUGAUUAUAUAUAAUAUUAAGCUAGUUAUUGGAAGUACAUACUUUAUAUAAAAUAUACUGAUAUCAAUAUUAUCUAUGAUAUUAUUUCCGUUGAUAAGUUUAUUAAAAGUGUGUAUAUUCUCUGGAAAAAAAUGCGAGGGACACGUAUAAUUUUGUGUGAUUAUUUGAUAGUUCUUGCAUCUUCCAAAAUUCACAGCGCAACUGCCGACUGAGAAAAAUAUUUCGAAAAUGUAAAUUAUGAAGCCUGUAUAAUAUACAACUUUCUUUUGAGAAUAAAUCGCUAGAUUUCCGAAAUUCAUAAUUACGAAAAAUCGUUGAAUCGCUAUAAGGAAAAGUAAAUAACUGAGAGAAAGUGUAGGGUGGAAUACAUUCGAACAUAAUUUCGUUCUAUAAUGAAUAUAUUCUGAAUAUUUUCUCUGAUUUAAAAUAGAAAACUUACAGAAUAUAUGUUAUCACAAAAGGUACGGUAUAAACUGAGAUCAUUGUGAAUGUUUCGACAAUUGUCAUAACAAGAAAAAACUUGAAAAUGAAUUUAUAAAAUUCGGAAAGAAUUGAUUCUUUUUGGAAUUUUAUAUAAGUUAAAAUAAAGAUUAAUCGGAAUGCUAGAAUAAAACAUAUAUUUUUUGAAGUAUAGGAGUACAUUCUUUAUUUGUGAAAGAAUGGAGAAAAAACUGACAUUAGAUUAACCUGAAAUUAUGAGUACUAAAAGAUAAUUAUAGGGUUCUUUGCAUUUCCGAUAAGAUUGAACUUUUAUGAAUUCAUCUCUUCGGCUAUAAUUUAUUGGUUUGAGAAAAAUUGUUCAAUGAAACACACAUCAAAGUUCUAGUUUCAUUUGGUUCUGUUGAUUCUUGUAACCAGUCAAAAAUACUGAUAGCCAACAAAUCAAUUUAUUCUAUUUUUGAGAUUUUCGAUUCUUUGAUUUUUUUGAUUCAACUCUACACCUAAUUAUUAGGCGCAAUUUUAUUUUGAUAAAUGAAAAAUGAUUUCUUCGAAUAGAUUACUAAACUUUUCAGUUGAAAAACUUCAGAAUCCCCCUAUUUCUCUUUCUCUCUCGAAAAAAUCAGAAUCCUGUGCAUCCGAAAAAAAUAGCUGGCCUCUUCUCUUCUAAUCCGCACCAGCAGCGGCACCAUAAAAAUUCGACGAAGACUAAACUGACAUCACUUAUAUUAUAUAUAUAUAUAUACAUGUUCGCCUUCUCGUCGUCUUCUUCUUCUUCUUCUUCUUCCGUUUUAGUCAUUGCUCCUCCGCGUCGGCGCCAAAAAUACUUGCAGCACUGAAAAAAAAGCGAAAAAGAAGAAAAAGAACCUUUUUUCUUUCUUUCUCUUUUUGUUGUUGUUGUUUUUUUUUAUGUAUGGAUUCUUUUCUCAUCCAAUCAGAAAAAACCACGCAAUUUUCAGAUUUUGGUUGGAAAAUCUGUGUUUUUUUGUAGGUUCGCGAAGAGAUGCGAUAUAUUGAAGAGCAGGAAAGACGAGAACGUGAAAUGUUGAAAAGAAGAGCUGAUGAGCGGAAAAGAAGUCGAUCCAGAAGUCGAACAAGGCAUAGAAGAUCGAGGUCGAGAUCAGGAUCAAGAGAUCGACAAAAACAUCGGUCUUGA